UAUAACGGUGGAAACAGAAGCUGUAGACCAUUCUAAUCCCAAAUAGACACGAAUAAUGGCAUUUUUGGCCGCUCCUACGCCCAGAUGGCGUUGAGCGAUUAACAAACAAGGCAGCAGAACGAGCUGUCGUAACCACAAUAAAUACUGACAUAAUUCCGGCAAAGAACGUCAGUUCCACAGUAUUUUCGUUUCGUGCAAGACGACGCAGCCGCGAGGCGUAGAAUAAGCAUUAUUUCGCUCCCUUGUGUGUUAAUACUACCGUAGCAGUUGCGUACUUACAACGUCUACGAACAAACCUAACGAUAUCCCUGCAGUAGUGUGUUUAUCUAGUUUUUAUAUACCGUGUGUGAACGUGUUUUCCGAGUCGAUUUGUUGCAACUAGAGUCAAUCACUAUCCACCACAUCGUCGGUGCUUCUGUCCAACUGUUGAAUCACCUGCUAAUUUCGGCACUUUUUGCCCCGCUAUAUCACAAAAUAAUACCACCGGACAUCACCAUGGCCGAUAACGUAAACAAACGCAACAUCCCUAUCAAACUCGGCGACUUCAGCGUGAUCGACACGGAGUUUUCUAGCAUUCGCGAACGUUUUGACUCGGAAAUGAAGAAGAUGGAGGAGGAGAUGGCUCGAUUCCGCUCGGAUUUAAUGAACCGCGAACCAAAUUUCUUCGAGACGACAUCCAGCUUCUCCUCCAAAAAGGUUGCCACAUCCUCGACCACAUCAAACGCUGCUACCUCAAUGAAGCUCCCACAAUCUCAGAGCGGUUCUGACAUUUGCUCUCCUCUGAUUCAGGACGAUGGCGAUGGUAAGGUGCUGAAGCUGCGUUUCGACGUAAGUCAGUAUGCGCCGGAAGAAAUUGUUGUUAAAACUGUCGACAACAAGCUGCUGGUGCAUGCCGAGCACGUGGAGAAGUCAGACACCAAAUCCGUGUACCGGGAAUAUAACCGUGAAUUUAUGCUACCGAAAGGAUGCCUACCGGAGAACAUCAAGUCCUCGCUCAGCAAAGACGGUGUGCUGACGGUAGACGCACCGAUCCAACCCGAAGCCUUGCUCGCUGGCGAAACUAUGGUGCCGAUCGCGCACAACUAAUCGUCUAAACGGCGAUCGUUAUCGUGACUAACCGAUGCCCUUGUGUGCACACAACCUAGUCGAAGCAUGGACGCGAAACGACAUGGUAACAGGUGUGGGGCGAUAAUUUUUCGCGUUUUGCUUUUGACGCAUACACAGCAUUUUGCUAAAGCCAUUUAAUUUAAUUAUCGCCUGUUUCCUGUAUAAAUUCAUUGUCUAACCUAUACACCUUAUUGUGAACAGGACUUAUCAAUCGAACAUACCGUUCCCAUGAUAUGAUAUUACAAACGGUGCUGGUGGUAGAGAUAAAUGCAACCCAAAUUUUUGUUCAUUUUUUCCGACGCAUUACCCAAAUGUGUGUCGCGAGGCUUUGAAACCAAUAAUUCUAGGGAAUAGCACAACACUCAAAGUUAGCGAAUGUCUAUGAAAGCGUGAAGCUAUUCCUUUUCUUUGUGACUUUUCUACUUAGGAGGUCAUCAUGUGCCUGUCGUGUGUGGCUUUUUUUUCAUUUACCGUAAUCUAUACGGCAUAUUUUGCAUUCACCAAUACAGCGAUUAAUAUUUGUACGAUAUUAAUGACGAGGUAGUGCUAUUCGCACUGCUAAACAGUCGAAAGACGACCGGUUUACGUGUUCCGUGCUUGAAAUCAAUGAAUGUUGCUAUACGCAACAUUCCAAAUCAUUAUUUAAAUGUCAAAUUACAGCUUUUAAAUCUAUGUUAAACAUUUCUUUUGCAGCAACAUUUUGGCUACAGCAGUAGUUGUUUGGUUUUGAAGUUUUUUCUAUUAUAUUCCUGUAAUUGCAAAGAUAUUUCGCUUAAAUAAACAUGCGAAUCGCUAUUAACACAUCACAAUAUAUUUUGCCCUUUGACUAUGAUUCUUUUCUCUUGGAUGAUGAUAAUAAAAAUAACUUUAGUGUGUCACAUCAACUACAGUUGUUGUUAGAUUACAAUUAUAAAUGUUCACAUUAAUCUUCACUUAAUUUAUGUAUGAAUAUAAAGUCUGUUU